CAGCACGCAGCGCAGCAGCGGCCGUGCCUCCGCCUCGCCCAGCACCCGCAGCUCCUCGCUCAGCGCCCGCGCCAGCUGCAGGGCCUCCUCCAGGUGCUGCUCCCGGCAUCUUCUCGUGGUGCUCCUGCCAUGGUCGGGAGCUUGGUGCCCACAAGCCCUGGGGUUGUCCCACGGGUGAGCACCAAGCGGGGCCGGUGCUGGAGCUGCUCCCAGACCCCUGCUGCCAGUCCCGGGCUUUCCCGGAGCGAUUCCCCCCAAAAUCCGCCUUCUCACCUGCUCUGUCCCUUAGCCACAGCCACACCUUCAUCAUGCCAAAGGUGGUGUGUUUGCUUUAAAAGUAGAGGUGGGACAGAAGGGUGAGCGUCAUCUCACUUCACCUGCCUACAAGUUUUCCGCCUUAAAACAACGACAUCUGGAGCAGGUUUCCAUCGUCGGCAGAGGAGCGAGGACCUGGAAGGACAUGGAGGGGAGCUGGGCAAGGCUGAGGUGCUGGCAGAGGGGACAUUGAGGUGUCCUGCACAGCGAGCCCAACACUUCUGCUUGGCACAGCCGCCUCUCCCAUCACACCACUCUGCACCAGAUUGACACAGGACAUUGUGUCAGUGGCAGCAGGUUCUCAGAGCAUAACCGUGUCAUUCAACAUCAUCUGUAGAUUUUGCCUCCUGCCUGCUCACCACGGUUCCCAAAUCACUAGCAGAUACGCGUGCCAGCUUUAACCUGGUCCCCCCGCCGCCCUCUUGUCACCAGCAAUGGGACCUUCUGUCACAGGGAAUGGGGUGAGCUCAUCUGCGUGCUUCCCAGGGAUGCUCUUUGCUGGUUUUGACCCUGCAGGAGUGAUUUUUCCUGCUUUGCUUCCUGCAGAGGAACUAAGGAGAGUGAUGGCUGCAUCAGGCACCCAGGAGAGCACGGCUUGGAGGACGCCAAGACGUGGCUCCCAGGAGAGCACUGCAUCUGGAAACCAACAGACCAUGGUUUUCAACAAUGUUUGCCAGCCCUGCUCUGCUUUAGACAUUAACCUGGAAGUCCAAAGCCAGCCACGGGGCCAGGUUUGCCCUCACUGCUGCUAUUAUAAACCAGGGAAACAUCCCUGGAUUUCCACCCAGUAAAUCAGGGUGGCACAGGAGGAUGCUUGAACGAGCAGACCAACUCCUUCCCCACUCCAGCACUGCAGGUGAGGAAUCAGGGAGUGCGCUGCCUAAGCAGAGCCCCCGUGCCCAUGGUGCCUGCACCCAGGCAAGGGAAGGGGCUCCCAUAUUUCAGGGUCUCUGAGGCUGUGGUUCCCUUUCCCCUUGUGCUGCCUGCAGAAGGCAGGUGUCGGGGAGGAAGAGGAGGAUUUUUCAGGUUUUGCCAUAGGAAGGAUUUUCAACCCCUGUAAAUUCACUUUUGACAAGCAAACGGCUAAAGCAGAUUAACCUUUUUGCUAAUCCUCUAUAAUGGCUUUGGAAUCUCCUUAACCAAUAAGAAAAUGAUAAGAGCCUGUUUCUUUUCUUUUUAUCUAUAUCUAUAUUGUCCUCCCUUGUCUGCAUUUUUUUUCUUUCUUGUUUUAUUUUCCUUCCCUUUUCUAAUAUGAAAUAGCCCAGCGAUCCUAUCUCUCAGAGGCUCAGUAAACAGAACAGUCAGUAAUCCCUUUCCUUUAUUCCUCUCCGGUAACAGGGUGCAGAGAAGUGUCUGCCGAUUGGGAUUUGAUUACCAGCAGCUAUCAAAAGUCUCUUUGUAAGAUCUGGGUCCUAAAUCCCAUAAUUCUUUGAUAAAAGAAGUAUUACCAGUCCAUUUUCUGAAGUGAAAGGUACGGGAGAAAUGAAAGAAAGCAAUCAGCGGAGAUACUAAUAGGCUAAGUGCAUGUGUGGUGGGAAGGCAGGGCCAGGCCGAGGAGGCCAGGGAAAGACGUCCUUUGUACAGGAUGGGGAAUGAGAAUUAAUCUGCUUCGGCUGUAUGAUUAUCACAGCUGAGAGCAGGGCGGGUCGCAUCCUGCACCUGCCCACGCCACGCUUGCCUGCCCCGCAGCGGCACGGUGUGGGGAGCAGGACCCGUCCCCAUGCCGUCCCCUGUGCCACUGAAGGAGAAGCAAAAUAGGGGGAUGGAAGAAAAAAUACUGUUUUAAGUGAGAUUUUAAAGAGAUUUGAGGGUAGAAAGGCAAUUUGGCAUCCCUUCCUGGUGGUGGAAGACCAAAAAAAAGAAGAGGACCAGAGAUGGGGACCCCCUGAGGACAGGCUCCCAUUUCCACGAGGUGCCACAGGGAUGUUGUUGUGCGGGAGUUUCACAGCUCUCAUGUAUCUCCUCAUUGCACCAGGAGUGUGGCUGGUGCCUUACCUCCCCUGCCAAGAAAUACCAAGCAGGAAUGCUCCACCAGUAAGUUCCCAAAGCCUUGCUAGCUCGCUAGCUUAAGGUGCACUGAGGGCAAGAAAAUUCAGGUUUAAACUUUCCAAAGCAACCUGAGCUCAACCACAACAUCCCUGUUUUAGCUCCAGCUCCUUAUUUUAGUCAUGAACCCAAGCACUUUGUCAUCACCACCAAUUUAACCGGAGAUACCUGUGCUGUUCCUGGUCACAAAGCCCCUUCCUUCCCCUGUGAUGUAUGCCAUGGCGGCUGUGACAAAAACGCUGUGCCUGAGACUGAGCCCUCGCAAGAAACAGGGCAUUUCUAGUGCUGAAGUGUCUCAGACUAGGCUGAUACAGAAGGUCUCCCUUCUCCUGCAGAGACCAUGCCCACCAGCCCUGGUCUUUCUCAUGAGGCCCAGUGCGAGAACCUCAUCCGUGCCCGAGACAAGUCCUGGACUAGUGACUGCUCUUGGAUAUUACCUCCCCAGAGGUCCCGUUUCUGGACAGAAGUUGGUAACCGAACCAACAAAUCCUUGCAGAAGCCUGGUUGUCCCAUAAAACGGGCAUAAAAUCAGUGGUUAAAUUCUGGGCUGCCAGGAUUUAGAAGUAUUUAGCCAUGUUUCCCCAGGAGCUGCAGCAGGGCUGCCUACAUGCGUGCAGAGGCAGCGCCCUUCCCUUCUGUCCCCUCCAAAUGCUGAGUGGGGACAUGGCCCCCCUGUCUCCUCACAGGUGGCUGUAUGCCACUGAGCUGCCACGAGCUGCCACGUAUCUGAUUUCUUCGGGAUUUGAAUCCUGACAAAGAGCAUGUUAGAUAUAUGCAAAGCAUCUGUAUUAUUACUCUGAUUAGGGCAGUGGAGGUGGGGGAAAGGAGAAGGAGGGAAAAUACGAUUUCACUGCUCUCAGCAGAAAAUAAAUCGACUUUUGCAGAGAGUUCUGGUGCAGCCAAGGCUAUGCUAUCAUUAAAAAUGACUUUUUAUUAAGCUGAACUCUAUUCUCUCUCAUAUUGUAUGAUAUGACAGCUCUCUUUUGAUGGGAAAGCUUUCAUUUGGCCAGAGAAAGGGAUAAUUUGCUUCUUUUAAGGAGUUAAUCCUCCGGUCCAUUUCCGGGCUGGGAACGGCUGUCCUCCCCCUGCCCUGAAUUGGAGGCUCCGGCACAAUGGAGAUCAUAACCGCCUCAAAUCUACACCCGAGAUGGAGAAAUCAGAUUUCCUUCUGGAGUCAUUUUUGUGGGAUUAGCUAAAUCUUAGAUCCACACUAACCCUUCACAAAGCCGCCAAGAUUAGUUAGAAUUUAUUUUAUUCACAAGGGGGUUUACGGUUUUCUUUCCAAAAGGAUUAUAUCUCUCCAUAUAUAUUUAGGGUGGCUUCAGUCAUAAAGCAGUUAGGUUAGAGGGAGAAAAAGUGCACGUGUGUAUAAAAUAAAAACUCUGCUGCAAGAAUGACAGUCACUUGAAACUCCGGGACAAAGCAGCAAUUCUGGAUAGCCUCACUGGUCUGCUUUGAAGGCUAUGUAAGCUCCCUUUUUUCCUUGCAAGACCCCAUUCCAGAGUCUGCACAGAGAGCAGACCCUACUCAGCGUGAGCUCCUGUUCCCACGGCCGCUGCUCCUGGCCGAGGAUGUCUGCAGAGCCAGCACCAGACACUGGCUCGGGCAGAAGAGGUCUGCAGUGCUCGUUCAGCAUCGAGAACAUCCUCUCCAGCCCAGCGGAGAGGAGCUCCCAGGUCCUGGUCCCGCUCUGCCUGCGGGGCAUCUUGGACUGCACGCCCAAGGGACUGCACCAGCUGGAGGCCAUCACGGUCAGCAACCUGCAGGAAGAAGAGGAGGAGGAGGAAGAGCUGGAAGGUGCAGGUUGCAACUGCUGCUGCUGCUCCCACACGAGUGUCCGGCCCCUGCAGGACUCUCCGAGUUGGCUGGACGCCAGGUUCGCCUGGCCCAUGCGGCUGCUUCACUCGGCAGCCAGAGCCUGCAGGAGUCCCCAGGGCAGCCCGAGCGAGCUGCAGGCUUUCCAGCAGAUCCAGCGCCGCACGCGCCGCCAUCGCACCAUAUUCACCGAGGACCAGCUGCAGGCCCUGGAAACGCUUUUCCACCAGAACCAGUACCCGGACGUCAUCACCAGGGAGCACCUGGCGAACCGCAUCCACCUGAAGGAGGAGAGGGUGGAGGUCUGGUUUAAGAACCGCCGGGCCAAGUGGCGCCACCAGAAGAGGGCGUCCGCCGCGGCGCUGGGCCUGCAGGGCACCAAGGAGCCCCCGGCCGGAGCCCCCUGCGCUCGGGGCAGCCGGGAGGACGGCGGCGAGGCGGCGCGGCCCGGCCCGGCCCCGGCUCGGGGCACGGCGCUGGGGGGGCGCCCCGGGUAAGGCCGCGGCUGAGGCGGGGCGGGACCGGG